GUCUUAUCUCCAUUUUUUUCAGACAAGAGGAGAGAGAGAGAGAGAGAGAGAGAGAGAGAGAUGGCGCGUGGGAAGAUCCAGAUCAAGAAAAUAGAGAACCAAACGAACAGGCAGGUGACCUACUCAAAGAGAAGAAACGGGCUUUUCAAGAAAGCCCACGAGCUUUCUGUUCUCUGUGAUGCCAAAGUUUCAAUUGUCAUGAUUUCCAGUACUCAGAAACUCCAUGAUACAUCAGCCCCUCCAUCACGAUGCAAGACAAGAGGAUCCACACUAUGGAUUAGUAGAGAAUGAAGGUGAUUAUAAUUCCGUUCUUGGUUUUCCGCACGGUGGGCCCCGCAUAAUCGCUCUCCGCCUGCCGCCUAAUCACCACCAGCACCAACACCACCACCACGAGCAGCAGCACCACCAGCACCACCACCCUGGGCUCCACAGCGGCGGAGCUGGCUCAGACCUCACCACAUUUGCUUUGCUCGAGUAGAAUUUUCUUUCCCAAUAAUAAUGUUUUAUAUAAAUAUUUCUCCAAUGUUCUUUUGUGUGGAAUUUGAAGUACUAAUUAAUAAUUAAACUAUUUAAGUAUUUUCUUGAAGGGAAAUUAUGUAUGCCUACAUGAAUAUGUUAGUGGUUAUAUUUUGAUUGCUUAUAUCUUGGGAAGAAA